UUGUUUUUGGUCCUUUGAAAACAGUGCCUCUGUCUCCACCUGGAAAAUAAAGGAAAAGCUGUAGGGGGAAUGGGAGUGGUCUCUCCAUGAACGACAUUGGAUUUUUCAAACAACACAGAUGUUGUAAAAACUCUAGAUAACGUCAAAGAACCUGCCUGGACUGGGAUUGUAACAUCAGCCGGUGUUGCAAUGUCUGGCAACGCAGCUUCAGUGCAGGGCCACAGUUUGGAUCCUGGACAGCCUUUAAGGAAUGAGGCGCUUUACAUGAAGCCGAAGAGCCGGAAGGAGGAAUCCUGGAAGAAGUUCCACCACAAGCACAAGCAGGUGUUUGGACAAAUGUUUCAGCUGCAGGAAAAGGAAGUGAAGGAGGAUUUGCCCCUGAAAAGGCCAAAGUCUUGGAAAAGAGGAGACGCUGACAACCUCUGGAAGCAUCUAUGGCGCUCCAGGCAGCUGGUCUCGGCAGUCAAGCAGGGCAGUAGCUAUUUUCAACUUCUCAAAGAGCAGGAGGAGAAGAAGAAUGAAAAGAGGAGGAAAAAAGAAGAGAGGAGACUCGCUGGUCUUCAUCAUCCAUCAUCCACUUUUGUCUCUGAGAAUGCUGAAGAUAGUAGCUCUGUACAUGCUGAAGCAUCCUCAUCACGCUGGAGGCAGAGCAACAAGAGGUGGGACCAAAGACUUCGCCCCUUUACUCCAGUCCACCAAUCACUGACUUCAGAUCAGCCACAGCAGCUAUCAGAGGAACAUGUGUACCGCCAGUUGUGCUGUCUGACCUGGUUGUUGGAGGCUCUGACUCUGGGACAUUCUGGAAAAUUCGGACCUGUGGCCUCCUGCUGGGACGCAAGGGAUCCAGGGCGGAGCAGAAACAUUCAUAAGUCUGUGUACAGAGAGAAGUUAAUUCAGGCCAAAUGGGAUCGAUUAAUUUCUCCACCAAAGUCUAUGCGCCCUGGAAUCAGACUGUCUCACAUCACCUCUCUGACCCACAAGUCCUCGGGCCUCAAUACCAUGUCGUCAUCUGUGUUAACAACCUCAGUGUUAAGCAACAUGUCCUCCUGUGAUGUCACUUUCUCUGGUGAAGAGAGUGAGUGUUCGAGCAUGGUGAUGUCACAGCCAGAUCCUCCAUUUCUAAAUACUUGCAGGUGCUGCUGAAUGAAGUUCACCAGAGUGUUUCAAAAGAGCUUUACGGCUCAACCAAAGACUGCAGCUGUGAAACUGAUAUCAUCAGUUUUGAGACACUUAGAGCUCAGUAUAACACACAGGACAGUACAGUGACUAGGAAACUGGAGUCACACACAGCAAAGAGUUCCUUAAAUUCACAAGCUUCCACAGUGUUUAGUCAGGAGAAGGCGGCCAUGUUGGCAGAAAUGCAGCUGAUGUUUAAAGAAAGAACUCGGGAAUUAUCGCUGAAUUUAACCGAAACUCUCGACCUCAAAGCCAAGAAGAGGUGGAUGAGUGGAGUACAGAGAUACCACUCUCUCUCCAAUAUAUCUAGAGGUAGUUCUUCCUCUGUGCCAUGUGCCACCCAAAAUCCACAAGUGCAGGAAUUUAACACACCAGACACACCCUACAGUACCCAGUGGCUCUCAGCUUUACUUCGCAGCCUGCCCUCUCACACACACUCAAAUAGGAAGUUGGUGUGUGUAGUGGAGAAACUGAAGCGUUACACACAGGAGAGAACUCUGCGUAUCCGACCACACGUCUUCUUUAGGGUCUUAAACUCCCUUCAGCCUUGGGAGCUCUGCUGUCCUGAACUGUGUGUGGCUAUAGAGAUAGUGAGAGAGAAUGCAGUGAGGAUAUCAACAGAUGAGUAUGAUUGCUGGCUUUUUGCCAAAGUCGACCUUCCUCACAGUGUAAAAGCCAAAAGAUAACAUCUCCAAAUAUCUCUAUUAUUAUUAUUAUUAUUAUUAUUAUUAUUAUUAUUAUUAUUAUUAUCAUGGUCAAA